AUGCGGUGGGUGUACAUCUGCACCGAAGACGAGCAACGCUCGCUCAGCGACGAGUUCAUCCGUGUUCUUGCUGCCCCCGUCUCCUCGAGUGACUCGACCAAGGCAUCCACGCUGCGAGACGACCAGCUGUUGCCACUGAACGAGUGGGUGUCGGAGGCCAUCGGCAAGGGAUACUACACAGACGAGGAGAUCAAGUCACUCAGGGAACAGCGUGCUGCAGUGCUGGAGAGCAUACGCAUGCAGUCGACGCGUAACGAAGAGGAAAAGGAACAGGCACAGUCGACCGCAGAGGCCCUUCGACGGUCCCUGGUGGCGCCUCCUAAUACGCAGGGUAUUGCGGCAAGACAAGAGGCAUCAGAGUAUUAUCUUUCUGCAGAACCAGGAUAUCAUCCAGAGGCAGACCACAAGACCGUCAUCCCGCCAUGCACUACAUCAUACUGCCAUUACUGCCGCCCAAGUGGCUGCGAGAGGUCGUGGCAGAGCCUGGCGGGACUGUGCCAUAACUAUGACUCUCUAACCCUUACAGAAAGCCGCAGCGGGAAACCGGUGACCAGCAUCUUCGACAUCCCCAUGAGUGAGAUCCGCCGCCCAAUUCCUCGUCGUGUCCCCAGAUACGGUAGCAGAGAGGCCCCUGGGGGCGAGAAUACCGACCCGGCGGCCCCCCCAAGCUCUCAGCAUGGGGACGAGGGAUCCGAAGGAGAUGAGCAGCCUACUGAAGAAGAGGCCGAGGUUAAACAGGACUGUCCAGGUAGACAGGCCAGGCCAACGAAGCGGCCAUGCCUGACAAGGAGACCAAAAUUCACUGCUGCGCAGCUCAUCGAAAGGACGAACAGAACUGCUGGGACAGUCGAUACAGGGGCGGUAGACGAAAUAGCAGAGACGGAGGAAGAAGAACCAGCAGAGGAAAAGACAGACGAGAUGAACUAG